AUGAGCUUCACGCCUGCUCUCGGCGCGACCGAAGUCGUCGCCCUGUCAGCAGACACCAAGGCCUUCUACUUCACGUACACGGGUUCCAGAUCUUCUCCAGGCAUUCCCGAGGUUUGGACAAAUCUUUCCGGCACCUGGACGGCUCUUGCGUUUGCUACGCUCCCUUCCCCAUCAUCGACCGAAGCGCGGGCCGACGUUCAUGUCGCUUCAUUUGAUCUCUCCGAUGCAACACUGGGAACAUACGAGUUCACUUAUCGAAAACGACAUGCCGAGUCCGAAUACGAAUGGCUCGGUGCGUCUGGAGUGAAUGGCACGAUCGAAAUCGUUUCCGCCAGUGAAACGACACCACGAUCCGGAGGGAGGGUUGAACUCAAGACGUUUGCACUUAAGGACGGGGAAAGCAAUGCAGUCGAGUCAUUCGAUCUCGACGUUGCGGCCCAGGAUUGGUGCGAAGGUGUUGUAUGGGAGCGCAGCGAGUACGCUUUACUGUUCAUGUGUUCCCUUUUCGCCCAGCAGGACUGACCGUGUCCCAUAAGUUUAUCUUUAGACGAAUCUGGUUCCUCACUCGCCAACUCCAUUCGGGAUCCCCCAUUUCGUCGCUCUCGACCGAGUUCGAAGGUCAACUCCUCUUCUUGCGGGGCAAGUCGACCUCGGAAUCACCAACCCCUCCAAUCCUCGUCCUCUUCCCCUUCACGACGGACCAAGUCAUGUCCACCAUUCGAGGAGGUGAAGAUAAAGUUUGGCUGAGAUGUAUGCGGGAUACGGGUGCUCCGGGCGCACAGGGUCAUGUCGUUGUGGGGCGAGGCGUCGAUGGGGAUUUGGAGAAACUAGUCGCCGAAUGCGUUAAAGUUGCCGAGAAGACCUUGACAGGUAACUUGGACCAAGCAAUGGUGAAGGCGCCGAAGGAGGCGAAGCCUUCCCAGGGUGUCCGAGUUUGCACCUGGAACGCCCUCGGAUACCAAGCGUAAGUCAAUAUUCUCGUCUACGGGUUUACCAACCGAAUGCGAUCUGAUCUCUCACACCACUGUGCUGCAGGUACAAACUCUCGGACGUUCUCAAGUGGCUCGACGUCCUGCUCUCGCCUUCGACGAGCUCGUCCUUAUUCGCCGCCAGUCUCGACACAGUCCUGCUCGACGAUGGAUGGCAAGACAUCAAGCAAGCUCCUGGACGUCCUGGUCGAACUCAACAGACGUUGCACUCGUUCGGUGUCCGUUCGACCUGGUACAACGUGGCUGGCGAUGCGAUCCAGUCCUCAAAUCCCCCCUCGUCACCAUCGAACGUCGCCGCCAGCCCCGAAUUAGCGGACGCGGUAAAGCGAAUUAAAGCCAAGGGCAUUCAGCGUGUCGGCGUCUGGAUGACCAUCGCAGGUUAUUGGGAUGGUCUAGAGCCUGAUGGACCCAUGGCGCGCUACGACCUCCAACGAUGGAACCUGCAUUCGGAUUACUGGGACGAGGCCAUUGCGCUAUGGUACGUUCCUUCUAUCGGCCGAUUGGAGGACUACUACGGCGAUUACUUCAAGUCUCUCAAAGCCGCCGGUGUCGACUUUGUCAAGGUCGACGAUCAGGCCCAUCCCGACUACCUCGUCUCGGGUGGAACGGACGAUGUAGGUGAAUUGAGGCAUGCGAUGCACCGCGCCAUGCGCAAGAUGUCGAACCAGAUCUUUGGCGACGGCACGACCAUCCACUGCAUGGCCGGGAGUCCCCGCAUCUGGGGUGGUGCUUUGGCGCUGCGCAAGCUCAACGAUACGAAAUCUUUGAUUCGUAACUCGGACGAUUACUACCCCGACCAAGACGACUCUCAUCGCUGGCACAUCUACCUCAAUGGGACUAACACGAUUCUUAGCCGCGCGCUCGAGCUCAUCCCCGAUUUCGACAUGGGGGAGGAGUUGAAUCCUUGGGGACAGGACUACCACGUCCCUUUCCGCUCGUUUUCUCCCGCUCCGACGUAUUCGACCGACUUGAUGACGCGACCCUUGCACCCCCAAAAGGGAUGGAGUGCUGCGUUGGCCAAGACGAAGCAAGGUGGUGCUGGAUUGGUCAAGACGACGAAUCGCGUCGGAGCCGGAUUGGAAGGACGUCUGAACGACGAUGUCAUGGGCGAAGGGGUGGGACAAGCUUUCGUUGUGGCGCUGGCGUUCCCCGAGGCGCAAGGUGCGCAUUUGGGCGCUUGGAGCACCCGCUCGAACGAAGGACAUGCCUUCACCAGUAUCAACUCGAACGACGUCGUCGAGGCUCUGGGGCCUCUCAAAGCCACCGCCGCAGUGGCGUUGUACGUCGCCGGACACGAUUGGGCUUCCUGGAUCAGCCCGAACGAUUUAGUUCUCACACAGAGGUCGUGCGCGACACCUUUGGUCACGAUCAACGUCGACGCCAAGCAGUCGCAGAUGGUCACAGUCGCUCAGUCCUACGCCGUCGACGGGAUCACGAUUGCUUGUCUCGGUCUGACGGACAAGACGACUGGACUGGCGGCAAUCAAGGAGAUCGCCGUAGCCAAGGGUUCGUCUUCGACUUCCAAGACGGCUUCUACCUCCAAGGCCGCACCUCCAUCAACCAAUACCUGCUCGGAUCUCGUCGCGUCCUCCGCCCGCACGUUCCCUCGCCCCUCCAACCAUUCGCGUCUAGCUUCAAUCCUGACGUACUUUACCUCGACCACGACCGUAGACGCCAAGAUUCGGCCCCGUGACCAAAUCGUCGGCUUCGGUCGUGAUCUUCUUCACCGGCCUUUGGCAACGCUAUGGACUGAACUAAGGGUCUGGAUGGGUUUUUCCUUCGCUGUCGUCCUUUGGACACUGCGAGCGUUCCCGAGUGGAUCUGGUUCGCGAUCGAUCAAGUCGAAUGAGAAGAGUCCAGUCAUCGCAGAUUCGAAGGCGUCAGAAACGAGGGAAGCGCCGAGUGUGUUCCCGGUCGAUCAAGACCGCCUGCGCAUCACGCUCGGCUUCGCCAGUUCGCACCUUGGGUUCUUCGUAGAUCAAUCAGAACGCCUCGUAAUUGUCCUCGAUGGAGAGCGCAUCAAUGAACAAUGGAUUGAAAAGGGGGAGAAGACGAAGGAAGGGCAGUUGGUGGAUGUGAAUUUGGAAGGAUGUUGGACUGCGAUGGGCGCGCCGAUGGGAUCGGAAUGGGUGGUGGAAGUCGGUCAGGGGAGGAUUUGA